AUGUACCGGCACCUCCCGCAGCAGGGUUAUCAGGUUCAGCUCGAAGCUGCUCUUGCGGCGUCAGGCACCCGCAGAACACGACAACCGCGACCAAUGAGUUGGCACCCGGCAUCACUGCGCUCGAUGGGAUAUUCCACCUCCCAGUACUUACCGGCCACCACUAUGUCUGGAAACCUUGCUGUCACGGGUCUAUGCGCCUCGUCAUCUAACACGGUUCCUGUUACCUAUGGAGGCGAGGGCAUUCUCCCUGCGUAUCCCACCUCAGAUGCUGCGAUGUUUUCAUCUUUGUCCGGCAUGGAAGAUCCGACAACGAUGCAGCAACAAUACCUCUUGCAGAUGAACGGCUCGCAGGUCGAGCCAGUCACUUGGGACUCCGGUGCGUCUAGCUUCUCCGGGAUGGCUCCGCCCAUAUCUGAAGGCUGGUCCUUCGAUAUGAUGUCCAUGAACAGCAGUAUUCCUUCGGCAGACGUUGCGGGGUCGAAUUACGAGAGCGCGCCGUCUUCUGGACCUCCAACGCCCAAUUUUCUCCCCAUUCAGCAGUUCGAUGAGCCGGAUGCGGUUGAGGAGAAGCCGGAGGACGAGCUUGUUGGGAUGGGCCUGUACAGCCAUCCUGACGCAUCGCUAAAUGGUUCCUUGACUGGAUUAAGCGGCAAGGGCUUGAAGCUGGAGGAGACUUUUACACCAUCGCCGGACGACGAGACCGAGAAUCAGGAUGCUGACGGAGAGGAUGAUGACCUGCAAGAGACCGCGGAGAAGCAAGCCGGCGACAGUCUCGAUGUUCGUCAACCGCAACUAGGGCCUCAGACACAUGACCAGCCCGUGAAAUCAGCACAGAAUAUGCUUAACAAGUCAUUCUUUUUCGACGAUGAUGGCGGACUAGACCAAGAUGGCGGGGUAGUUCCCCAGCAAUUCUUCAGUCUGGAGAGUCGGCCAUGCUUGAAUUACGCAUAUGGGUGGAUAUGA